AAUAUGGACUGUUAUGCUUUGACUAUACAAGAGAUAUUGAAGAUCUAUGAAAUAUCACCUAAUGGAACGAAAAAGGACGUGUCGGACAGUUUUCCAGAGCACAUGCAUCAGAUUAUGUUCCCGCUGCUUAGUUCCAGGUAUACGCUCGCGUAUCCAUCUCAACCGAAAAAGGCACACCCUCUAUUCGGAUCGAGUUACGCCACCACGUUGGAAUGGGCUCACAAUUGGGCGGGGCAGCUGAUCCCGCUGAUAGAGGCGGAGCGUGCGCUGCUGCGCGUGGUGCAGCCGAGCAUGCGGCGCGACGCGCGGACGCUGUUCCUGUUCCUGCCCUACGUGCUGCCGCACGUCAUGUGCAGCGCCCACGUGCAGUACGUGCAGGACGAGAUGAUGGCAGUCAUAGGAUUGCAAAAUAUGGAUAAUGAAAUAGCCUCGUCAAUAGAAAGAACCAAGUUCAAAAUGUUGCGUCACAUUAGAAUGACACCGACGAUCAAUUCCGUACAAACUGAAGAAGGCAAUCAGAGCAAAUGUAGUAAAACCGUAUAUACGCUCUUGGAUUUCUUGAAUAGAUGGAUUUUAGAAUGGUGCCAUUCGAAACCUCGCCCAUUAGAUAACAACAAUUACAAAAAUAUAGCGUCGUUCUUAGACAAGUUUGAUAAGCUAACGAUAGCCCGUGGGAAUUUCGCUUGCGGGGAGCUGGAACGCGCAUUGCAAUAUUUGGAAUUGUAUAUGGAAGAAAACAAGGAUGGAAUGCAGGAACAACUACCGUUCUUAGCUGAAAUAUAUGCUCUUUUAGAUGAGCCCGACUCUGUAGCAGGUAUUCUGUCUAUGAAGAGGUCGGAGCCGUCGCUGAAGGAGUUGAUCCUGGCGCAGGUGGUGACGGGGCGGCUGCAGGACGCGGCGCUGUGCUACGAACGACUCGCGCAGGAGGGGCAGCUGGAUAAACAUAGUUUACAGGGCAUGAUAGACUGUUACCUCGGCCUCGAUCAACCGUUCACAGCGUACCGUUUGCUCAGCGAACAUGACAAUGAAGAUAUGAUGGAGUUGUCGGCGGAGCCUUUGUGGCGUUUGGGACGGUUUGAGCAGCUAGAAGAGCUUGUCAAAAAACCUGUGCCAUCGUGCAAAGAAAACUGGGGUUUACUAAUGGGACGAAUUUUAGUAUCGUAUCGUAAGAACGAUCACGACUCGUUCGUGACGUCAUGUAAGGACGCUACUACGAGACUGUUGGCGCAAAUGGACGGCGAGAGCAAGGGCGAAAGUGCCUUACGAAGCGGGUAUCAAAGUGUACUAGGAUUGCAUAUUAUAGCAGAGGCGGAACAUGCGGAAGAAGCUCUGAAUAAAUUGAAACGCUUAAAGGAUGGACAAGGGAUAGAAAUAAUAAAUCAGUUGCUAGACGAGUGGCGUCGGCGGCUCUCCGUAGUGCAGUCAGAUGUGAGGACCGUUGAACCUUUGUUAAGGCUUCGAAGGAUACUAUUGCAUCAAACCCAGGAAUUACUUAAACCAACUCACGAGAUAACGGCUAACGGAUUGAAGACAUGUAUUGGUGAUUUAUGGCUACAAAGUGCAAAGCAAGCUCGUAAAGCGGGUAUUUUUCAUCAGGCCUACAUGUACAUACUAAACGCGGAAGAGUAUCAUCCCGAGGAGUUGUUCAUAGAGAAAGCCAAGAUGUAUUGGGCGCGUGGACAACAUGAGCAAGCGUUCACGACAUUACGUCGAGGGCUAGACGACGCUUAUCCUACUGUAGAACGACUUACUAAUGAUCAGAGAAAAAUAUGCGCGAAAGCGAAACUAUUGAUCGCUAAAUACAACGAUGAGACAACAAAUGUGGAUGUCGAUGUUAAUAUAGGAUACUAUAAAGAAUCUGUUGAAGUUUUCAACCAGUGGGAGAAGAGUUUGGUGUGCCUCGGCGCGUACUACGAGAAAGUGAGCAGCGGCGACGCGGCCGCCUCCAGCAACGACAUGUGGUCGCGCCGCCUGCACGCGCUCAACAGCUACGGCAAGGCGCUGCAGUACGGGCACAAGUACCUCUACCAGAGCAUGCCCAGGAUGCUGUCCAUAUGGCUUGACGUAGAAGUGACAUCAUCUGAUACAAGCGUGCACACAGUGUUGGCUAAGAUGACAGAAAUCAUACAAACAUACUCGGAGAGACUGCCGCUCUAUCUCUAUUUAACGGCGUUCUCUCAGAUUGUAUCGAGGAUUUGUCACCCUGUGAAAGAGGUAUACCAACAACUGAAGGCGAUAAUCGUGAAGCUGAUCCUGGCGUACCCGCAGCACACGCUGUGGAUGAUGAUGUCGGUGAUGAAGUCGAGCUACCCGCAGCGCAUCCAGCGCUGCAGCAAGGCGCUCGCCGACCCGCGCCUGCAGCAGCCCGCCAUCUGCAAGCUCAUCCACCACUUCACCACGCUCGCGGAGAAGCUCAUCGAGCUGUGCAACAAGCCCAUCGCUGGGAACGCUUCUACCACCACAGUAUCUUCGUUAGUCAGGAGUCUGCCGCGUCUUCUAGAAAGUGACGACUUCAGUCACAUCAUGAUGCCAUUCCAAGAGUUCUGUAAGAUCGUGCUGCCGUCUAAAGCAGCGAGACAAGAGCGCUUUGACUUCAACAUUCCUACACAACCGCCGGUAUACAUCACCGGUAUCAAAGAACAUAUUAGCAUAUUACCAUCACUGCAAAAACCAAGAAAAGUCACGCUAACAGGAUCUGAUGGCAAGAUCUAUAUAAUAAUGCUGAAACCGCGCGACGAUCUACGCAAAGACUACCGCCUGAUGGAGUUCAACGGCGUCGUGAACCGAUUCCUCCAAGACGCGCCCGAGACGCGCCGGCGCAGACUCUACAUCCGCACCUACAGCGUGCUGCCGCUCAACGAGGAGUGCGGCCUCAUCGAGUGGGUGCCCAACCUCGUGGGACUGAGGCCCACGUUGAUGCACAUUUAUAAACAGAAAGGCAUUCAUACGACUAAUCGAGAGCUGAAAGAGCUAAUGUGCGCAAGCAAAGAUCCUGUGGAGAAAAAGAGACGGAUAUAUGAGGAUCAACUCCUGCCUCGACACCCUCCCGUGCUGCAGGAGUGGUUCCGACGAGUGUUCUCCGAUCCUUAUGGAUGGUAUCAAGCCAGAUCAGCGUAUAUUAGAACGGCAGCUGUUAUGUCAAUGGUUGGAUAUAUUUUGGGUUUAGGAGACCGUCACGGUGAGAACAUAUCUUUUGACUCGACGAACGUGGACACCGUGCAUGUGGACUUCAAUUGUUUGUUCAAUAGAGGGGAGGCGUUUGAAUGGCCUGAAAGGGUCCCGUUCCGUUUGACGCAUAAUAUGCAGGCGGCGAUGGGGCCGCUCAAACACGAGGGGAUGUACAGGAAAAGCUGCGAGGCGGUGAUGCGCGUGCUGCGGUCGCAGACGGCGGCGCUGAUGUCGGUGGUGGGUCCGUUCGUGUACGACCCGCUCGUGGCGUGGGGCCGCGCGCGCGACCGCGCCGCCGCGCCGCCGCCCGAGCGCACCAACGAGCAGGCGCUGCUGCACCUCGCGCACAUCCGACAGCGCCUCAACGGGAUGGUAAGAACAAAGAACAAGCAACUAUCGCUCUCUCUGUCGCCUGAAGGGCAAGUAGAGCAUCUCAUAGUGGAAGCGACGAGUAUCCACAACCUCUGCCAGAUGUACUUCGGUUGGGGACCGUUUUUGUAAAGCACCUUUUAUACUUUUUUAUUGCUGUGAUAAUAAAAUACAUGUUAAGAUCA